CAAGAGCUGUGGGCCAGAUGCUGCUGGAUGCUGACAGGGGAGAGCUGAUUCGGAGACAAGCGGCCAGAAAUGUUUGGACACGUCGUCACUUUGGAUCUGGCAUCUGAGUGAGUGUCCCUGCUUCAUGAAGCUUCGAAUUUGACCCCAGGCUGGUAACCCGCUCUUGGAGCCGCGCAGGUGGGAGGAUGUCGAGCACAGCUCCGUCAAAGAAGCCUUACCGCAAGGCGCCCCCGCAGCACCGCGAGGUCCGCCACGAGGUGCCCAUCAUUCGUGACGACCAGGACGGAGUGAUCUUGGCCGAGCAGAGUCAGGAACCCCUGACGGAUGCAGAAAGGAUGAAGCUGCUGCAGCACGAGAACGAGGAGCUGCGCCGCCGGCUGACCUACGUCACUAACAAAAUGGAGGCGAUGGAGAGGGAGCUGGAGUCGGGUCAGGACUACUUGGAGAUGGAGCUGGGCCAGAACCGCGAGGAGCUGGAGAAAUUCAAGGACAAGUUCCGUAGGUUGCAGAACAGCUACACCGCUUCCCAAAGAACCAACCAGGACCUGGAGGAGAAGCUGCAUGCCCUGAUUAAAAAGGCAGAGAUGGACCGCAAGACGCUGGAUUGGGAGAUUGUAGAGCUCACUAAUAAAUUGCUUGAUGCCAAAACCACCAUCAAUAAGCUGGAGGAACUCAAUGAACGCUAUCGACAGGACUGCAACCUUGCAGUGCAGCUGCUCAAGUGUAACAAGUCCCACUUCAGGAACCACAAGUUUGCUGACCUUCCCUAUGAGCUGCAGGACAUGGUCAAUAAGCAUUUGCACAGCACUCAGGAGUCUGCAGGGCCUGGUCAAGAGGCAACCCACACAUUGGCUCCAUCCGAUGUUGUGCCCACCUCGGUCAUUGCCAGAGUCUUGGAGAAACCAGAAUCUCUGGUUCUGAAUUCAGCCAAGUCUAGCAGCGGCAGCUGUCCCAUGGCCGAGGAUGUCUUUGUGCACGUGGACAUGAGUGGAGCCCCUCCUGAUGCCUGCCACAGCGCAGGGCAGAUGGGGAAGGAGGGAGGAGAUGUGGGGAAACAGCACAACGGUGGCUGCAAGCCGCAGAGCAGCGUGGAAAGCGUGCCAGAGGAGGCGCCUGCCUUUGAGAAGCUGAGCCCGUACCCGACACCCUCGCCUCCCCAUCCUAUGUACCCCGGGCGCAAAGUGAUUGAGUUCUCGGAGGACAAGGUGAGGAUCCCAAAGAACAGCCCCCUGCCCAACUGCACGUACGCCACGCGCCAGGCCAUCUCCCUCAGCCUGGUGCAGAGCGAAGACGAGAGCUGCGACCGGCACCGGACGCUCCCCAGCAGCCCCGCUUCGGAAGGGCACCGCUCGGCCUCCAGCUGCUCCUGCCAGCAGUCCCCCAAAGCCGCCCGGGCUCACGGCUCUUCCCAGAGCAGCCCCUUCAGCAGCCCUCCGCAGAUCCCGAGCGCCUUUGCCAGCUCCGCCAGCUCCGAGGAGGACCUGCUGGCCAACUGGCAGCGUAUGUUCGUGGACAAGGCGCCCCCCACCUCGGAGCGGGUGCUGAUGAACCGCACGGCUUUCGGCCGUGACACGGCCCCCGAGCUGCAGAAGAGGUUCAGCCGCUCCAUGCAGGAGCUGGGUAGGGCAGCCUCGGCUUACUCGGAUGGUGAGGAGUCUGCCCAGAGCUGCAGCUGGACCGUGAGCCGGGACUCGAGCGUGGACACAGACAGCACCGAGUCCAGAGCUCGCAGGAGCCAUUUCUCCUCAGACUACGGUACAGAUUUCUCCCAGGAUGAAGCCCAGAAGCUGUUGCAGGAAAGCGGCGGAGGCACUGCUGAGCCUGGAAGCCCCUCGCCAGAGAAGCACAAGGACUACGUGGACCUCGGCUUGCCUGAGAGCCCAGCUGAGGAGAGGGAAAUGUUGCUGCAGGGAGGCAAGGAGAGCAACCAAGGAGGUGCCCAAGAGGAAGGUGGAGAAGGCAAGGUCAAGCCUCCCUUCGGUCGGCCGCACCGCAGCCCCAAGAGGAUGGGGGUCCACCACUUGCAUCGCAAGGACAGUCUGACGCAAGCCCAGGAGCAGGGCAACCUCCUCAGCUGA